GCGUGUGGGAAACUUCUCCAAAUCUCACUCUGUGCCUUUGUAGAAUAUCCAAUUGAUUCAAUUACAUUGGCUGUGGCAUUGAGAACUGGCGUUCUGGUGUACGUGUUGCUGGUAGUGUGAACUGUGAGAAUCGCAUUGCGUGUGGGUGUGGUUUGCAGCUGUUGUUAAUCCUCUCAUCAAGCCAUAAGGACACUCAACCGAAAAGGGGACUUUUAAUAUCAACAAUAUCAGUCCACCCUGUCUCCCGGUUCUGAAUACUUGCCGGAACUGCUCACACAAUGAUACUACCAGAGACGUUGCCUUAUAAUAACCCCCAUGUCUCUCGGAAAGUGGCUGUGGUUACUGGAGGUAACUCAGGGAUUGGCUGGUUUACAGUACUACACCUCUAUCUUCACGGUUACACAGUUUACAUCAUGGGAAGAAAUUUGAACAAGAUCACCAGGGCCAUUAGGGAAAUAGUGGAGGAGGCUUCGAAAAGACAGGAUAAGAGCGUACGUUUGAACCAAUUGGGAGAAUUAAAGCCUCUAAAACUGGACCUGCUGGACCUGAAAAGUGUGAAGAACCUCGCACUUAAUAUGAGACAGCUGGAACAGCAUAUUGAUAUACUGGUGUUGAACGCUGGUAUAGGUGCUGUUCCACAUGCAAUCACGAAUGAUGGAUUUGAAGUUCAAUUCCAAACCAAUUAUGUAUCACAUUUUCUACUGACUCAACUGCUGUUACCUCUCCUGGACCAUUCUUCAAGGGUUAUCUAUGUGAGUUCGAUUGCCCAUUACUUGGAGUUCUUCCAGUUCAACAGAGAAUGGACGUUCAAUUAUAAGCCAAAUAUCAUAUUCACCUGGUUCAGAUAUGCAAUGGCAAAGUCUGCUGCUAUGCAAUACCUGAAACUGCUGUCGAUGAAGAACAAUCUGCUGUGCUAUUCGGUUCAUCCAGGCUAUGUCAUGAAUACCAAUUUCUUCUCCUAUUGGACAAGAAUUCCAUUUGUAGGGAUUCUUUUUUGGGUAUUCUUUGAGGUAUUCGGGUAUUUAUUUGGAUGUACCAAUGAACAAGGAUCCUACGCAACGUUGACGUGUGCCUUGAGUGAAGAACUCGAACCAAGUGGGAGCUAUUAUACAACAGGUGGUGUCCCUUCUGUACCAGGCAGGGUGGUUAACAAUUUGGAUAAUGUUGGUUAUAACUGGAUAUGGACUGUGAGACAACUACGACAAAGAGGUUAUGAAUGUGAUUGAUAGCCAGUUUC